UCGUAACCACCUACCCCCUUCCCUGUCGGCCCAAGAUGGGUUUCCUGGCGAAAAUUGUGUUUGUGGUGAUAUCCCUCACAUCUGCCGUGGUGUUUAAACAAUACCGUGAAAUGGCUGCACCGAAGCCAGUUCCCGAGCUGAACCUCAAGCAAUACUGGGGCCCCGGCGAUGUGAAGCAAUACAAAGAGGACACCAGCAUUAAACCGUUUAAGGUGUCGUACGAUUCAUCCGUGAUCGAAAAGCUGCGCGCCAAGUUGAACGAUGUUCCCAACCUUACGCCACCGCUGGAAGGUGUUGCGUUUGAGUAUGGAUUCAACAGCAACAGGUUGAAGGAAAUUCUCAAGUAUUGGCGCACCACCUACCUGGACAAAUGGAGCGAGCGGGAGACGUUCUUGAACAAGUUCCCCCAUUUCCACACACAAAUUCAAGGUCUUAACGUGCACUACAUCCACGUCAAGCCGAAAGUUCCUGCCGGCACCAAGGUGCUUCCGCUACUUCUUCUCCACGGAUGGCCCGGUUCCGUGCGCGAAUUCUACGACAUCAUUCCCCUGCUAACCACCAAAUCGAACGAUAAGGACUUUGUGUUUGAAGUGAUCGUACCAAGUCUGCCCGGGUACGGUUGGUCGCAGGGAAGCUCCAAAAAGGGUCUCAGCCCGUCGGAGGCGGCAAUUGUGUUGAAAAAUCUUAUGAGCCGUGUUGGGUUUGAAAAGUUCUACAUCCAGGGUGGAGAUUGGGGAGCUUUAAUUGGCAACUAUAUUGCCACGUUCUUCCAAAGCAAUGUGCUGGGUGUACAUCUCAACAUGUGCUCCAUUAUGACACCUCUGGCCUAUCCGAAACUGUUCCUGGCUGCGCUUCGCCCUUCUAUGUUCGUCGAGGAGCAGUAUACAGACUUUUACUUCCCACUCGGAAAGGUAUUUUCGAACAUUAUUGAAGAGUCCGGCUACAUGCACCUUCAGGCAACGAAACCCGAUACGAUCGGUACGGCACUGCAAGGCAAUCCGAUCGGUUUGGCAGCUUAUAUUCUGGAGAAGUUUUCCACCUGGACCAAUCCGGCCUAUCGUAAUCUAGCGGACGGUGGGCUCGAAAAGUAUUUCACGCUCGACGCGUUGCUGGACAAUGUGAUGAUUUACUAUCUGACCGAUAGCAUCAUCACCUCGCAGCGGUUUUACGCGGAAGCAAUGGCGUCGGACGAGCUGAAGAAGGAGAUUGAUCGUAUACCGACCGUGGUUCCGGCUGCUUGUGCAAAGUUCCGGCAUGAAAUUUUCCUACAGCUCGACUGGAUACUGAAGGAUCACUUUACCAAUCUGGUGCAGAGCAACCAUUUCCAGGAUGGUGGUCACUUUGCGGCCAUGCAGCUGCCGGAGGUUUUGUACAAAGAUGUCGUUAGCUUUGUUGCUUCGCUUCAGAAGUAA